AUGUUGCCAAACGUGUUGAACACGGGCCAAAUUUUGACAGCGCAAAAGUCUUGCAAGGAAGCACGAUUCGCAUCAUCCUCGCACUCUGAAAUCUUGGCAGCGAUCAACUCUUUCAAAUCGUUGAGCACUCUGUGGUCCCAAAUUUCUUCAGAAAAAGAAUUCACUACCCUGGAAGCCAUGUCCACAGACAUGCAUCAGGAUGAGGUUACAAAGGCAUUGUCGAAGCUGCAUGCUCGGGCACGGUCCUUAGGGAUACCGGUGUACCGACUGCAUUCGGACCGUGAAAGGCUGCUGUUGCGGGAGACUGGUGUCGCCCCUGCGUACUGGCCGUGUGCGGCUAGACAUGGUACCGAAGAAAGGUUGCGCUCUCAAAUGAGGAAGCUGGGGGCCAAUUGUAAGGAGAUGCCGCCGUUUGCAGUGCUGGCUCAAGUGAAGGCCAAGCGCUGGCAGCGGUUGCGUGAAGGAGCUUUGUCGUCUCCUUACAAGACCUUGCGUAUCAUGGGGCCAUCGCCCUCAAUGACCAAUGGAUGGGUGGCGCUGGAUGAAGCAGCCAGCCUUGUGCAACAUGCACGAUCUGUGUUUGUUCCGGAUCCUCUGGGUGACACUGCUUGUUUGGAGCUGGAAGCAGUGGAAGAUCCCAAACAUCCUCCAAGACGGCGCCUAAACGGCAAACAGCCGCCAGUCAGAGAAGUAUCAAAACUUCCGCCUCCGCCAUCAAAGGUGGAUCAUGAAUUGGAAGCUCUGCUGAAUCUUCAGCCAGCGGCUGCUGCCGCUGAGGAGAGUGAUGAGUAUGAACCGUCUGUCCUGGAUGAUACCGAGAAGGUUCCACCCGACUUGGAUGAAGAGAUGCCAGCUCUUAGAGUUGUGCGAGCUGGGGGGGAGUCUUUGCCGACUGGAACCCAAUGCACAGAUCGGGGGGAGAUCGAGACGUUGCAGAUUGGAACCCAACUCAUAGGUUGGGGGGAGAUCAAAAAGGUGGAUAUCCCAGAGCAUGUGCAGGAAAUUAGGUUUCAGCACAUGAACCUCAGAAAAUUGUUGCAGGAACAGGUGAAUUCUGUGGCAGGAACUGAGGAAGAAAUGGAGAAAUCUCAAGCCUUAGCCGAAGCCGAAAGGGCUAGGGAGUUCAGGAUGGCCGCCUUGGCAGCACCUGAUCAAUCCCAAGGGGACCAGGGGCAUCAGGAAGGAUGCAAACCACCCACAGUGCUCCAGACGUAUACGGUGCCUCUGGCGGCAGUCAAGCAGAAUUUUGACGACUGGGUGGGUCCCAUCAAAGCAGAAUGUCACCAACUGGUGACCGAGAGCGGUGCCGUAAAACCGGUGACUCUUCAAGAGCUGGAGAAAAUGCCGGGCUAUAGGGACAUGGAGCUAGCACCAAGCAAGUUGGCGACUCCAGUGACGGCAGCGGACUUGUACGCUGGAGGAGCUGAUGCCACCGCCAUUCGAUGCAUGGUCAGAAAGACCGCCAUGAUGGAUGGGUGGGACAUGGGAGUCCUAGAUAUCAAGGGCGCGUUCUUGCUUGCCCCACGCCGAAGGGAGCAGGAGUGCCUGAUGAUGACCAUCCCACCGAAGCUGCUGGUGCAGGCUGGGACCUGUCCGCCGGAAGAGCGGUGGGUGAUCCAAAAGGCGAUGUACGGCCUGGAGACCAGUCCGGCCGACUGGAGCAGCUUCCGCGACCAAAGGGUCAAGAAAUUUGAGUGGAGCUCAAACGGUAGGUCGUUCUGGAUGCGUCAAACGGUCGAACCAAAUGUCUGGCAACUCGUGUCGAGCGAGGAGCCAGGAAGAGCGGACUCGGAUGAACGGGUAGAAGGUUUUUGUACCUUCUAUGUAGACGAUGUCUUGGUCUGUGGGCCACCGGAGGUCAUCAAGGGGUGUUUGGACAGGGUGAGCCAAGAGUGGAGAAUCGUGGAGAGGUAUCCCGAUGUGAAGGAAUCGCUGGUUCCGAUUGGAAGGGUGGAGGACGGUGAAGAAUCGCCGCCAGACCCCUCGGACAUAAGAAAAGCGCAGGCUCUCGUUGGGGAGCUCUUGAAGGUGUGCCAGGCAGGAAUGCAAACCCUGGGGUAUCUGAAGCGCACCUUGGGGCACGGGUUGCUCUAUACAAAGUGCCAGGAGGCCGAUCGAGGGCCUGAUGGGAAAUUGGCGUUCUGCAGGGAUGCCAACACCUUAGAGGUUCAUUCCGAUGCAUCGUUCGGUGACGUCUUACGUGGACGCUAUGUGCCUAUAGGUGAUUCCGUUGCCGUUUUGGUAGACAUCUUCGAGGACCUGGAGAUCUUGAAGAAGAUUGGGAUUUGUAGGGAAUGGGCUCUGAAAGGGCUGACUGUAGCUGUAGAGCUUGAAAAAUGGCAGCCUGUUGCAGAGAGCCAGCAUCGAAUUCGGAGGCUAGACCAUGUGAAGGGACCCGUCCUUUCCACAGACUUCGGGUCACGCGACCACUGCCCUACGGGCUGCCCACGGUUCGGCUACCGGGUUCGUGCGCUACGCGCUGGAGCCAUGGCGAUCCCGCCAGAGCCUACGCACGCGCCGAAGCCAAGCCCAGUGGUGGAGGACGCAGCGCGUGGCUCGGCAUCUGCGACACCGGGAACGUUUGGCCGCAGGGACCGUGAGUUUGGCUACUUCAACAGUCAGGGUGAUCGAGUUCCUCGCCGACGCAUCAACCAAAAUGGUGACCUUGAAGUUUACCGUGAAGAUGGUUUGGUGGAGGUCUUCCCGAACGCUGAGGCUGACCAACAGGAAGACGAAGAGGAAGAGCCGGAAGAUGACGAUGAAGAUGGGCAGGAUGACCAGAUGCCGAGCUCUACUACCAGACCGUGGGAGAAUGUGGAGUUUGCGGCGCCACCUCCGCCUGGAGGAAAAGAUCGGUUGAUUGCGGAUCAGGUCUUGGAUGGAUGGCUGAUUCGUUGUCACCGAGAGCCUCGCAAGAGAUACUUCCACCCCGUGCACAAGGCUGCACCACUAGCGGCUGAUAACCUGGAGGUGGAUCGAGUGACGAUUGGCUUUGUGACCGAGCCCAAGGAGAAGUUCAUCUACCAGGACCGCUGGACUGAUCCUGUGAGGGAUCAUGGAAGAGGCCAGUGGACAGGAUGGACCUUUUUCAAGGUGAAGAAGCGUGAUGGGCUCAGUGCUGGGAGCGACCUUGGAGCACCACAUGAUCGUGGAGCGCUUCAACCUGGAGGUCCUGAACUACCUGGUGCUGAAGGAGCUCAUCGAGUUUUGCUUUCCGAAAUGCAAGGUUCGGAAACCCUUGGAAGCAUUGGUGUGCCAAGCGCUGUAGUGGCGAAGUCCUAUGCUCCGCUACCAACUUCGAGGGCACCAAGGGCUAAGUCAAGGUGGCAGACUUCAGCUGUGGAAAGGGCUCAGCCGAUCCUUUCUGAUCUCCGACGACGAGAUGGUGGACUAUCUCCUGAAGAAGAGGAUGACAUAGACAUGGCUGAAAGCUUCGCUACUCGAUGCUUGUGGCUCAAGAUCGUGGCUCAAGUUAUGGCGCGAGAAAAGCCGAAGGCCCCCCUGCCCAAUUACCUCACAGCGGAUUUGGCCCGGGACAUCCCCGGGGUAGGAGACUACGCCAGUGAGACAGUUGCUGGUGACCAGGCACCCAAGUUGCUGCCAGUGAAAUGGGGGAUUUGGAGGACGCACUUUUGCGACUUUCAACCAGCCAAUCGAAUGGGUGGAGAUUUGGUCAUGUUCGCAUAUGACAAGGAUCCUCGAGACUUCCCACAGCUUGCACUUGCACCUCGCUUCUACGUCGUCUUCGACAGCCUUUUUGAUUUGAGCUCAUAUGAUCCCUGUCUCGUGUCCCUCAUGUGUUGCAGGCGUGAAGUCUCUUGGCUUCGUUUGCCAAACAAACACUUCAAAGAGUCUCUGUGUGCUUUGUUGCGCCAUGCAUCCACUUUGCGGAACACUACCCUUCGAGAACAACGGAUCAGUGUUAUGGCCAGAAUCUACGGGAAGGGAACGUUCCAGAACUUUUGUCAAAAAGAAACCGAGCUUGCCAACCGUGAGGAGCUUGUGAGACAACGGGAGAUUGCGAUCAGCCACGCGGAGGAGACUCGAUGCCCAUCAUCAGCUGAGAGCUCCAGCGACGAAGAGCCUUUUGGGUCAACUGUCGUCUUUGACUGGCCUUUGUCACGCUCGGAGAAACACCUGCGGCUGGUGAAUGCUUUGGACCGACAACGGAUCGCUGAAGUCGCCUCGGAACGCCGCAAGCGCAGCGGCGCUGCUUCCUCACGGCGUCGUUUCUCCGCCCCAGCCACCAGCCGGGCCCGCGCGGCACGAGGUGCCAAGCUGCUGGGAAGAGCUCGGGUUGAGUCGGACAUGGGGCAUCGGGUGAUCAAUGCUGAUUUUACAAGAUUUGGCUGGGAUAGCCAUGGACCAGCAACCAGUCCAAAAUGCGCCUGGACCUGGCCGUGGGCGGUGGCUGCCUUGGGCGUGGUGGCCGCCUUGGGCGUGGUGUUGGUGGCCGCCUGGGGCGGGGUGUUGGGCGUGGCCGUGGCCGUGCCCUUGCGGGCUUCAGGGCAGGGGCUCGCCGUAUGCAAUGGCAUCCAAUGCUUCUGGCCGCCACAGAACCGUGGACCACAUGCUGCCCUUGCAGCCGCUGGACCAAAAGGCCGGGGGGCUUGGAAGCAGUGGACGCCUGAGGCGCUGUUGAGGUCUGCCUUUGGCGAGGCCACUGCCACCCUGAGGCAAUCAGCCAGGGAAGUCGAUGGGGCAAGCGCAGCCCAUGUGAUCAAAGCCCUUGAUUGCCAGGGUUCCCAUGUCCAGUCAGAAAGAAACCGGCUUGGCCAAAGGGGCAUGCUGUACCACAUUCUGAACAUUAUGUUUGACGAAACGGAAUUAGAAGUUGCCCUGACUGAAGCUGGUGCAGCCAGCUGGUCAAUAUUGGCCAGCCACAGCCAACUGAGCAUCCAUGCUACCGGCCACGAUUUGGAAGUUGACAUAGCAAGGCCCCCCAGGGCCUUGCCGCGAAAAACGGCUUCGUGCAUGUUGGGGGCCUGCCUAGACGACGGCGGCCUCAGGCCUGUUUUCAUCGGUUCAGACGCGAAGUUUUCAGCUGUUCUGGUAUCGUGCGAUCAGCAGCUGAAGCACUUGCACUCAGUGGUGUCGCAGAACGUUCAUCGACGACUUCGUGGCUUUCUUCCCCGGCCCAUGGACAGGUCGUUGGCAAAUCUGAAGGCUGGAAAGCUUGGCAGGGCCUACUUGCCAAACGAUGCCCGGGCCAAGGAGCAUCAGUCCACAUCUGCGCUAGGCAUGUUGCCGUGUUACAUUUUUUUUGCGGCUUGGUGCCUGAAGCUUCCAAAUACAUUGUCCCUCUUCCUGAAGAAGAUUCUGGGCCAGAAGACGAAGGUCAAGCUGUGGGCGCUCCACUUGACCAAAGCAAAGCUUGGAGGAAAUUGGGUCCACUUUGCGCUCUUUAAGCGCGCUACAUGGCUCUCUGAGCGGGUUCCAGACGACGAGGUGCAAGAGGAUGCCGGUUUGGAGGAGCCUGUGGAUGAAGGGGAUGAAGAAUUGCGCCCUAAGAACGCCUUAGAAUCACACGUCGUACGUUACGCAACUGAUGAGGACAAGCUCGCCUGUGCGCGAACACUUUUCAGCUGCAAAGACUGCCAGCUUGAUGCCUUUGCCAGGCAACUCCGCGACACAGUUCCAGAGCACGAGAUUUUAGAGCCAGACGCGCUCAAGUUUUUGGAGGCUGUGCUGCGGCGCGUAGUGCCAACAAGCACCUUCAUCGAAAGGACUUUCGCAAGGCUUUCUGAAUGGUCCACCGUCAAGAAAGGGCAAAAAACAAAACUGAGCAGCAUUAGUGCCAAACAUAUUUCGGGCCGUUUCAAGCAAAGCACCGAACUGUGGCGCCGACGGGUCUUGAAGCAACCGAAAGCUGCAAAGGACAAUAUCAAAAGACCAGUGUGGUCCCAUUCAAGAACCAAAGGCCGGGGCGCAAAUGGCUGGCACAUUUUCAGUAGAGAGCAUAUGUUGCAGAAUCCAGCGGGAAACUUGCAAGACCGUCAGAAGGCUGCUCAGGAUGCUUGGGCUAGAACUACUGAGGAGGAGAAAAAGCGGUAUUCGCGCUUGGCGCAGGCUCGAAAUGUUGCAUCUUGUUUGGCAGCAAACCAAGCAGCUGUAGAGAGGGAGGCAGGUGCAUUGCUUCCUGCUGGCAGCCUGUUGAAUGUUGGCACGCCUGAUGGCUUUCCAUUGGCUCGGCAUGUUGCAGUGACAGCUUUUGAAGAGAGGUCUUUUGAGAAACAGGCAAAAGCAGCUGAAGAAACGUCGCGUGCUUUGCAGGAUGUGGACGUCACUGGUACUCCUAGGCCUGAAAUGGCCGACCACUUCGACCCAGCCAGCUUUUCGCAUCAAUCGCCUGGAACUCUUCAGUCCAGAUCAGGAAGGGAGGGCAGAACCACCUCCUUGCUCCCCUUGAGAAUCCAGCCCUGCUCAGAAGAGGUCAAGAAUACCACCAAUGUCCGUCACAGACGAGGUGAGCAAGGGGGCGUGUUCAACCUGGGACCCAUUUACAGCGAAGGUGUGCGGACAGGCUAUGGUGCCAUUUGUGGUUUGCAUAGCAAUUCUGAAGAUGCUCCAGGCAUCCAUGGCAGGAAAGCUUUGACAAUUGGCGACUUCUCUGAGGAGGAUUGUAGACUAUUCCUGCUCAAAAUCGCAAAGGUCGGAGAUGCAAGCAAUUUGUGUGCCACGGACCAGUCCAGCGAGGAUGAAGCUGGAAGCCAGCAGGGCGACAGGCCCCAAUGUUUUGUGACGUCCCAAGAAGAGGUGGGGGAGGCAGCAGACGCUGUGCAAUGGCGGCCUUGGGCCAAGUACAGAAAGCUGCCUCAGCACUGUGUGCGUGUUUCGGAGGGCAAAGUUUGCUUGCCUUGUUUCAACGUUUCUCGCUUGCUAGGGAAACACAAGAAAUAUAAGAACACCUUGAACUACUACCAACACAUCAGCCAAAAGACGAACCAGGCAGCGCAGAAUGAACACAAGGAUUUCUUGGCCGCCUUGAAGCAGUGGCUGAAGCAGCACCAAGAUAAUCCUGACAAGUUCAAGAUUAAAAUCACAGAUGACCCCCUGAAGACACAGAUGGAGCUCGUGAUAUCGAAGAAGCAAGGUGGCAGGAUGACAGCACCGAAGAAGCGACUCGUUUUGGAGCCACCGCCCGUCACGGAGAGUGGGGACACAGGCCUUGAAGAACGAGUCAUUGAAGAUGACGGACAGCAAGAGAUGUUUGCAGAAGAAGCUUUCCAGGCCAAGAAGCAAGCAGCUUUGGAACCCAUCCAAAAGCAAGCCAAGGAUCGCGAAAUGUCUUUUGCGGACUUGGUCCAUGUGGUCAGCUCUUUGGGCAAGUCCUCGUCCGGCUCUGCCGCAGUGCCUGUCGCAGAUGGACCCACCAACAGCGAGGGCACGGGCGCAGAGAGCGGAUCUGAUGUGACCAGCUCUUCCAAUUCAAGCUCUGAAGAAGAAGAGCAAUCAACAGGCUUGGAUUUGUUGCUUUCGUAUUCAGCCCCCAAAGGCAGUCGUGGGGACUCUGUUGCCGAAGGCUUGCCAAAGAGGCCAGCUAAGGUGGCCAAGGCUUCCAACCCUACGACGGCUGGCGGGUCUGAAGCUGGGAUGCUGUCUCUGGAUGGCCGGGCUAGUCGCACCUUGAAGACUUUGGAAGCUGCCAUCCCGCAAGCCAAGGAAAAGAUCAAUGAGGCUAGAGACAGAAUAGCCAAGUUGACAAGCGUCGCCAAGAAGGCCAAGGAGACAGGCAGCAGAGUGGGAAAGUCCAACAACAAGGAUUCGUUUGAGAAGCAGCUGGACGAAUUGCAGGCUUCAGAGGGAGGUGCAAAGCUGGGCCCCUUGUACAUCCUGAAGCUUGUGCUUCCUGCCAGCGAGCUGUCCCUUCUGAAGCCCGGCAAAGCACCAAGAGGCUUGGGCUCAGAAGCUCCGAGGAUGAUCGAGUGCUUGGAUUUGGCAGGCGCCAUAGAAGACGCGUGUGGGAAAGACGGCUUCAUGGCGUCGGAGUUGGCAGUUGCUGACUGCACGGUGGCUUGCCUGCUUGGGCAGGAAGAUGUUGCAACGCUGUGCCAGCAGGUUGAAGCUCUGCAAGACACCGCAAACAAAGAUCUCGAUUCAAUCCCUGCUUUGCAGAGGUUUUUCUUACAGCACGACACUGGCAAAGCUUUCUUUUCCAUCGCGCAGCUGCGGGUUGAGCAAGGCGACAAGGAGAGAGUUUUUCAAGAGAAGCUCGCCACUCUGAGGAAAACAGUGUCCCACUUGACUGCCUGGCCCAAGCAAAGCCCUCCAGAUGCUGAGUCAGCAGUUAUGGCUGUGGAGAAGCGGGUGGUGCCAGCCGUGGAUGCCUUGGCUGAAGUGAAAAAGACAACCUUUUUUUCCGAGGCUUCAAAAAGCAGAAGAAACAUGAGCAAACUUCCAGCAGCUUGUUCGCUGAGUUUGAGAAGCUGGAAAAGCUACUCAGCACAGGGUCUUGCGACCUUGUUCGACUUGUGUGCCGUGAGAACAUGGAGAACCAUGUGUUGCUUGCCUGCAUGGGCUGCAGCCUGGGGGCAGGGCGCUUGGGAAACAUAUGUUUUUUUCUAUAGGUCUUUGACCAAGUCAUUUGAGAUGUUCAACAGCAUGGUCGCAUCUUGCCUGCGAUCCCCGCCCUGUGCCAAGGAGCUGCUGCUAAAUUGCUCCUCAAAUGAGGAGUUAAAGUUGAAUCAAUGGUUUGAAACGCUGACGGCCAGGGAGCAAGAUGCCUUAGUGCUUUCCAGAGCGCAAGCGCCAGAUGCCGGCUUCAGAAAUGUGUCCCAGUUGAUGCUGGGCCAGGAAGCUCUUCUGUUUCAAGGCUUUCCUCUGUGCUCAUUCCUAGCUUUGGUGGAGAAAAUGAAAAAAAGCAUCGACAUGCACGAACAGCCUAGCCUGCCUCCACUGCCGCUACAGCAGAGGAGACUGCUGAUGCUCUUUCGGCAUUGGAAGUGCUGUCUGCUGUGGGAAGCUAGGCUGGGCUCAGCCCAUGUUCUCCGCGUUGGAAACCUUCGCCGGCUUGUGACGCUCAGGGCUCAGCCCAGGUUUGCAGUCUUUGUCACUGCUUGCUGCUUGGCGCUGCCUGAGCCAGUGAGCGCUCUUUUUUUUUUAGAAGCUGUCCUCUGCGCAGAAAAAAAUGGCCUGCAGCUCAAAGAUCUUGAGUCAUUAGUCGCCCAUGCAAUGUUUUCAGCAAAGGUGAUGUCUGCAAGGUUUGGGGUAAAUCAGGGAAGAACAGUAUCCAAAUCUAAUUCUAAGGUCUAG